AUGACCGAACUUCGCUAUAGCAAAGAUGGGGUUCCCAUCUACGAUGGAACAGCGGAACUUUUUGUUGCUUACAAAAGAGCUGCUCUCAACUACGUGGAGACACUGGAAUGGAAGAAAAGACCUCUCGCUGGACCCAGACUUCAAUCAGUGUUAGAAGGGGCUGCACGAACCGCAGUUCAACACAAGUCACCAGGGUGGAUUUCACAUAGUCGGGGCGCUGAAGAACUGCUCACCUUCUUGAAAACCAAGGUACAGCCUCCCACGUUGGCUGAAGCUGGAAAGUCCAUCUCGAGAUUCUUCUACCAGGUGAAAAGAAGAAAAGGAGAAUGCAUGAAUGCAUGGAUCGUCCGCCAUGACGAGUCUCUCUUUGAAGCAAGGAGGACAUUGGCUGAGGCCAUCGAGGAAUAUGGACAGGGAUAUUCCAGUCGGAGGACCUCACUGAUUAAGACCUCCGCGAGCAAACCAAGGCCAUCCAAGAGUACAUCCAGUCAGCACGGCUCACAACAUGCCGACCAGCAUCAGGAACAGGGGCCAUUCGAUUCGAAUGGAUUGAUGCGGGAUGAAGAUGAUCUACACGCUCAGAACCCGGAUGAGCCAGACCCAUGGAGAGACUAUGCAGGCUGGCACGAUUGGAACAAUGAUGAUGAGUGGACCUGGGGUUCAUGGGAGAAAUGGGAAACAGAACCUCGUGUGACAAAGGAGAUGGUCUACCAAGCCGAAACCUCAGACCGGGCCUCAGAGGAGGCAGGGAAAUUCCUCCCGGACUUCGUCGUGGCUUGGAUGCUCCUUCAAAGGUCAGGCCUGGAUGGCUCAGAAAAGGCCACCAUCAUUGCCAGUCUCAAGAAUGAGUUCACGACUGAAAGGGUCAAGGAAGCAUUGAAGCUGAACUGGACCGAUGAAGACCUCCGGAAAAGAGACCAAGUCCGAGGGUCAGCAUUGAUGCUCGGAGAAGAAGAAGACGAUGCCUUUCUACAUGAAGAAGAUACACCGCCAGCACCGACAUGGAUGACUGAAGAAGAAGUUGAAGAGUACAACUACCUCACUCAUGAGACAGAAGAAGCACUAGCAGCCAUCCAAGGGGCAAGACGCACCCUUCGUGAUGCCCGCGAGAAGCAAUCAAUGAUGAGGAAAAGCCGACAGUUCUACCCCAUGAAGAAGGAGACCUACACGAAGUGGAAAACAGAAAGGUCAGAAAGUGAGCGGAAGUGUUUCCGCUGUGGAGGUGCUCACAAGACUGAGACCUGUCCCAAAAAGAACGAAAACACUACUGGCCAAGCAGUCCACUUCACGUUCACGGCCUCCUCUUCAGGUGACCAGAUUGAGCCAGAUGCUGCGGAGCAAUCAUCAGCGGAUUUUGAAGCCCUAGCUGCAAUGACAAUGAACUCGUUAUUGGAAGCUGGGAAGGCCAUCAUUGAUCCCGGCGCAACAAGCACUGUGGGGAGUGUGGAUGCAAUGACCCGGAUUGACAGCAUUAACAGAGGACAAGGGCUCCAAAGAGAGAUACAGAUCGACCCCAAAGAAAGACCCAGUUUCCGGUUCGGGAACAAUGGAAGAACAACGUGCCUCUCUACAGCCCAACUGCCAGUUCCUCUGCAUGGAGGUAUGAGCACGAUGCGUGUACACGUGCAUGACAUCCCCAAUCAACCAGUCCUGUUGAGCAUUGCCUCGCUCCGGGCACUGGGAGCAGUGAUUGAUUACGAUCAAAACACCAUGUUGCUGAAAAGGGUCGAUCCACACAAGGUGCUGAAGCUGGAGACGACAUCCACUGGCCAUCAAGUUUUUCCACUCACCGCUGAUGUGUACAGUCAGAGCCGCCAAAGGGAAAAGCCUUUUGGUGGCUUGAUCGACGACCAUGAAUAG